AUGGUCAAGCAGCUUCAUGACUCCCGUUUAUCUGGUCGUGUUGGAAUGCUUGAUUCGCUGAGCCACACAAGGGAUUCUGUAUGUCUCGGACCCUCCUGUUCGGAUCAGAUACUUUGCCGUCAUGCCAACGGCUCGGCACGGAUUUGCUUCAAUUGCGCCGGGCGAUCCAUCAACCACUUUGCAACUUGUUUGGUGGCUCGCAAGCCCCAUCGAGUACCCUCAAUGGCUCGUUCUCGGUCUCGAUCUCGAUCUCGAGACUUCCCAUUGCCCCGGGAUAUGCUCCCGGACAUCUCGAUCCCUUACCACGACUAUGUCGCGUGCAAGGACUUGAGCUCCCGCUUGCUGGCGCACACGGUUCGCGCGUUCGAACACUUCGCCUACGAUCGAUUGGGAGAGGUGGACACCAGGUUCUGGAAGACGCAGGCCCUUCGUGACGAAUUGACUGUCUACAGGGAACGUCAGGCCGGUCGAGUAAGCGAGUCACUCGGCGACUCACUGCAUCGCUGUGCCGCGUCGUCGUCGCUAUUCUCCACGACACCAGCAGCAAUUACGCCGGCCACUAUGAUGCUCACUGGAGUUCGCCAUGGGUACGUGGAAAACGCUGUCAGUACGUUGGUCACAAAGUCGCAAGAGGAACUGGCGCUUGUGAUCCGGUAUCUGCACGGGUCGUCUUCAGACUGCGGCAUCCUGCACGUCAUGGAGCCGCCUACAGACGACGACCCGUUCCACUUCUUUGGAUUCAAGUACUACGUUAGUCAAGCCGUUGGAGACCCACGCAUUUGCAAGCGACGGCAUUGCGUCUAUCUCGAAGACAGCGGCUUCACACGCACCCGGACGGGCGAGAAACUCGGGUAUCAUAUCAUGCAUUCGGUGAACUUAUCACAGUUCCCAGACCUUCGCAGUCGUAACUCGAUCCCGGCGUUAAUGUCGACGCGGUUUUUGUACCGGCAACGCGAACAGGGCAUAGUGGAAGUAUUUAUGUUGGGCAAUAUCGACAUCAAAGGCCUCGUAGUCAAGCCGAUCUCGCUUCACUAUGCGGUGGAAACCGUGCUCAACAUGACGAGGUUGCUAGACUGUUCGGAGACAAAGCGUCUGACGCAGAUGGCACGGGAGUUCCUGUGGCGUAGGAAACAGGAACGCCGUUGGGGUGACAGCCCCACACACGCUGAUAACGACCCAAACACGUGCAGUAGGUGCCAGCGCGUGGGAAAAGAUGGCGGCGUAGGAACUCUGAACGUGGUGGAGUGUCUGGUAUGCGGACGCGCUGCUUGUUCGAGGUGCCGUGCGUCGAAACAGGUUUUCGUGAGCAGCCAGGACGGACUAAUGGGCCGGUUGAUCAUGGUGCCUGUGUGCACUGGCUGCAUCUUAGAGGCCAACACGAGCUUCUUCGACGUUCUACGAUCUCAGCGACGAGGACGCGCAAGAAGCACUCGCUGUGGACGACAAACACUCGACUACAGAAGCCCCAAAACCAGGCGCCGAGGCGGAAGCAGUCGGGGAAUGAAUGUAGCAAUGCGCAGUCCGUCUGUCGACCGCAGACAGCGCUCAGCUGCGCACUGGAAAGACGACAAGAUGCCGUCGACGCCGGAGACUCAGCAGUCGAGUCCUGGGCCUUACUCGGCCAGACAGAGUUGGGUCACUACUCCUCGCGGCACAGAAAUGAUCCGAUUGACGCCCAGAGAGGCCACGAUCACUAUUGAGGAGCGGAAACCCGUUAUCCGCUCGCGCUCGAAGCCACCUCCCGUUCCGAGGGGCCCGCCACAACUUCACCGAUAUCAAUCCGGCUAA